UUCCCUGGAGCUGCACCACCAGCUCCAACCGUCUCAUUAAAGGGGAUUCCACGACCGCCAGCCAUGACUAGUCCAGCGACUGCAGCUGCAGCAGCAGCCGCCGCAGCAGCGGCUGCCGGUGGCUUAGCCGGUGCUCCGUAUCGCGGUGCCAGUUGGACACCUCAAGGCUAUGCACCGGCUGCAGCCGCAGCAGCUGCUGCCGCUGCUGUAGCGCAACAAUAUCGAUAUACAGCACCUUUACCACAACCAACUUAUGCGGCCUAUACACCGCAUACCACAACAACACCAGCGACAGCAACGUACGGUCAACGGGUACCAACAGCAGCAUCACCAAGUAAUACAAACUCAAGCAGCUCAUCGAAUACGGGAUCCCAAAGCGGAACAUUAAGCACUAGUCUGAGUAAUACCAAUACAAAUACAACAAUGGGUCCUAACAAUGGUACAACACAAAAUCAACAAGGUGAACAAUUGUCAAAAACAAAUCUCUAUAUACGCGGCUUACAACAAGGCACAACCGAUAAAGAUUUAGUUACUAUGUGUGCACAAUAUGGAACCAUUAUAUCAACCAAAGCCAUUUUAGACAAGACAACAAACAAAUGUAAAGGCUACGGUUUUGUGGACUUUGAGUGUCCAGCGUAUGCAGAAGGAGCCGUCAAAGGACUACAAGCAAAGGGCGUUCAAGCUCAAAUGGCCAAAGUGGGUGUUUGGGUACUACAUAGGCCGGCCAUUCAACAAGAACAGGAUCCUACAAAUUUGUAUAUUGCGAAUUUGCCCCCAAACUUCAAAGAAACAGACCUGGAAGCGAUGCUCUCCAAAUAUGGACAAGUAGUAUCUACCAGAAUACUUAGAGAUGCUCAGAUGAAUUCUAAAGGUGUGGGAUUUGCUCGCAUGGAGAGUCGCGAAAAAUGUGAACAAAUUAUACAAAUGUUCAACAACACUACAAUACCGGGUGCCAAAGAUCCAUUAUUGGUAAAGUUUGCCGAUGGCGGACCAAAGAAGAAGAAUCUUUUCAAGGCACCCGAUCAAGGCGGUCGAACGUGGCGUGACGUUUCAGCUGAAGGUAUACCGGUUGCCUAUGAUCCAUCGGCCAUGCAACAGAACGGAGUUGGCGUUAACGUUGGUACACCAAUCGGUGUACCAUAUUCACGUUUCGGUGCUCCCCAAGUUAGCGGCUAUCCAAUGGCUGGCUCACAAUGGAUACCCGGUUAUAUGAUGACACAACCUAUCACGCAAAUGGAUGAUCAGUAUAUGCCAAUGGCUGCGGCACCACAAUUGGGUGUUGCCUCCUAUAAACCAGAUGCUAUCAGUCAGGUGCAACCACGCGGUAUAUCAAUGAUGGUUAGCGGCGAUACAGCGGUACCAUACGGAGCAAUGAUGCCACAAUUAACCACAUUGCAAGUUGGCAACUCGAAUUUCUCUCCAUCAUUACAGUAUAUUAGUCCAACUUAUCCAUAUUAUGCACCACCAACAACAAUUAUUCCAACAAUGCCAAUAACAGAUUCUGAACAGGCUAGCACAGCUGCAUCACCCGAUGAGGCAUAUACGCAGUAUCCGCAUCCAGCUGCCCCUAAAUAGGUAUUCGCGAGAUGUAAUUUUCUAAUACCGCAGUUGACAUUCUAAGCAAAGUAAUGAAAAAGAAAGAAAGAAACAGAAAUAGAAAAACAACACAAUCUCUCUCAACUGCUGCUUGCUUUAUACUUGGAUUUAUGAAAACAAAAACAAGAAAUGACUGGACAACAAAAACAAAUGAAAAACAGAAAAGAAAAAAAAGCAAA